AUGGAUAACAGAAUCUUGACCUACGAGGAAUUAUCUACACUCUUGGCUCAAAUUGAAGGAUGUCUCAAUUCCAGGCCGCUAUGCCCCAUUUCAACUGACCCAGCAGAUUGUGAAGCCCUAACUCCGUCUCACUUCCUCGUUGGAGAACCAAUUUUAUCUGUCCCAGACGAAAAUCUACUAGACCACAAUGUAGAUAGACUUUCUCGCUGGAAAGUGGUUCAGUUGCUAAGUCAACAGUUUUGGAAUCGCUGGAAGACGGAAUAUAUAAACCGGUUGCAAUCCCGUCCAAAAUGGCUCAAGCCUCAAAAGAACGUUGAAGUUGGCGAUUUGGUCAUCAUAUUUGACGAACGAGUUCCCCCAGGUCAAUGGCCACUAGCCCGUAUAACAGAAGUCCAUCCUGGUACUGAUGGAAAAGUCAGAGUUGUUUCCCUAAAGUCCAAUGGCAAAAUCUACAAACGUCCAGUUUCAAAGGUUGCACUUCUGCCCCAACAAGAAGACUUUAAUUCCGCAAAAGAUCCUGAUAAGAGUUGCUGUGAGCCGAGGCACAGCGUGUUAUCAGCGUUUAGUGUCUUAUUAAUAGGCACCACCCUUAUCCACGGUAAAGCUUUACCCGAUCCAAAACCUCCCUUGCUUGGCCAACCACAAAAGCAACCACAACCCCAACAACUACAACCUCAACCAUCCAAAAAUGUUGCCUUCGAUCAACAAACAUCCGAAUCUCAAAUCUCACAAGUUGCCCAACAGAGAAUAGAUUUGGACGAAGAGUAUCAUCAUCACCACCAUGAACAUCAUCACGAUCCAGGCUAUUGGAAAAAGAAGGUAACGUGGAAAGAGGGUUGGAAGAAAAUUUGGAAACCGGCGAAAAAACAAAUUUGGAUACCACAAUGGAAACAGAUUUGGAAACCCGUAUGGGUGCCGGUAAAAGUUCCCGCCUGGAAAGAAGUAAAGGUGCCGGCAUGGAAACAAAUUUGGAAACCGGUGUGGAAAGAAAUUCAAGUGCCAGCAUGGAAGGAGAUACAAGUACCAGAUUGGAAGAAAAUCUGGAAACCGGUGUGGGUACCCACUAAAGUACCUGCCUGGAAGGACAUACAAGUUCCAGCAUGGAAACAAAUAUGGGUACCGGUAUGGAAAGAAAUUCAAGUUCCCGCCUGGAAAGAAAUUCAAGUACCCGAAUGGAAACAAUAUUGGACACCCGAAUGGAUCAAAGUGGGUAUACCGGGUGAAAAGUAUCUGGGUAAAGAUCACGAAGGUUGGGAAUACACCAGUCAUGAUUUGUGGAAAAAGAAGCUGAUCUGGAAAUCACAUUGGAAGAAAAUCUGGAAGCCGGCCAAGAAACAAAUUUGGGUGCCAAGUAAAAAACUCGAAUGGAAGGAAGAAUGGAAACAGAUUUGGAAGCCAGCCAAGAAACAAAUUUGGGUUGAUGACAAGAAACUGGAAUGGAAGGAAGCCUGGAAACAGAUUUGGAAGCCAGCCAAAAAACUAAUUUGGGUUCCCGACAAGAAACUCGAAUGGAAGGAAGCUUGGCAACAAAUUUGGAAAACCGAAAAGAAAGAAACCUGGGUUGAAGACAAGAAAUUGGAAUGGAAAGAGGCAUGGAAACAAAUAUGGGUGCCCGGUUGGAAGGAAGUUUGGGUACCCGAUUGGAAGAAGAUUUGGAAACCGGUAAUUAUUUCCGAAUGGUUCCCCUCGCCAGACCAUCAUGAUCAUCAUCAUCAUGAAGUGGAACAUGGUUGGGAUCGUAAAGAUAACAACAAAGGCGAUAAAGUGGUGUGGAAACGUGACGACAAUGCCGCGGGUAGCGUACAAAAAUCCACACAACUGCAACCAGUACAAACAACAAAUUUCCAAAAUAAACCUCUGGCCACCGCACAAAAGGAAACAUCUAAAGCAUUUAAAUUUCCUGGAGCGUAA